CCAUUUACGGGACCUGUGCUGCCAUUUCCACUUGCAUCUUGAGUGCCAGUGCCAGUGCCAGUGCCAGUGCCAGCGCCAGUGUCAGUGCCAGCGCCAGUGUCAGCUUCAGUGCCAGGAACAGGGACAGCCGAGACGGUCAAUGCAAAGGCGGCAAGAGUAACGAGAACGGUCGAGUAUUUCAUUGUGUAGUAUUAGCUUUUGCUUUUAUCGAGUAAAAAGAAGGUAAAGAAAAUGAUGUGGCAUAUGUUGGCUUUAUAUAUGUACUUGUCAAUGUCAAUCCUUCCCCUCACCUUUCUCGUUCCCCGAACAUCCUCAGAUGACGGGGUCCUCUCCCUGCCUCUUUCUUUUGAUUAUUAUAAGCUCGGAAGCGAAUCGUCAUUAGCAAAAGCUACUAAUGCUAUUAUUAAUAUUAUGUUGGAACCGACACCCCUUAUACCUGGUAGUUUCGCCAAGCUCCCUAAACGCGCUGUUUUAGUCGCUUUUUCAUCCUCUCGUUUUUUGUAUAUACUCGAGAAAGACGGACUUGAUCUACUUUGUGAACGCAUGCUUGUUUAACCUUUCGAGAAAAAGAGAAAAAAGACAACCUCCUUGAAACGUAAAAAAAGAAGAAAUUCUUCAUAAUGAAUUUAAGCAAACGGCGAUGAUGCGUUCUCCUCUUUUCUAAUCCAUAAAGCAACUACUGCUCAUUAUCCUUGUG